ACGGGCUCAUCGGGCCCGUGUCUCUGUCUGUGGGCUGCCCGGCCUUCGUCCCGCUCCUCUGGGGGUGCAGAGGGGGCUGGGGAAAAGUUGCAUUGAGUGUUAGUAAAGCCUUCAGUUGAGAAAGUGAAAGGACGUGAGUGGUGGUGUAGUUAUAAGCAGGAAAACUGAGGACGUAGCUUCAUAGACUUGCCCAGAGUGAAAGAUCAAAGACUGCUACCCAUCUCGAGAUGGAAGAACCAGCGCUGGAUAAAUUACCAUCUCUGUGUGAUACUCCAAAGGAUUCUGGAGCAGCACCUCCACAGAGGACUAGUUCAGGGAAACAGCAAAUGAGUGCAGCUCUGCGGGAGCGAUUACGGAAAACAAGACGUUCCUUUAAUGCCAAUUUUACAGUGGCAAAGCGGCUCAAAAUAGACACUGAGGAAAAAGACUGUGCUGAUGCUGACACAGAGUGCCUGCCAGCGACAGGUACGGAUUGUUCCAGAUUACAAGAUGGUCCUGAAGACCUUGAAAGAAACAGCACUGCACAUACAGGUUUCAGAAGUCCCUCACAGGAGAGUGAUCCCUGUGGAUCAGUAGAGAAUUUGGAUGUGCUACCGGUUGAUCUUGGUCAGCAGCAGCCCCUGGAAGAAAAAGUAAGGCUGGUGAAACAAGUGCAAGAGAAGGAAGAAUUACUUCGUAGGCUGAAGCUGGUGAAGAUGUAUCGAUCUAAGAACAACCUGUGUGAAUUGCAGGCUUUGAUAGCGAAGUGGAGAAGCAGCACCCAGCUGAUGCUGUAUGAACUACAGUCGGCCUUUUCUGCAGAUGGCAAGAAAGUGAGUCUCACUCAGCUGAUCGAUACUUUUGGAUUAGAAGACCAGUUAUUGCACUACAGCAGAACAGAAGAAGAUUUUGUAGAUGCAUAAUCUGCAGUUGCAAAGCUUUCAUUACACAGACACAAAAGCAGAAAAGACCGAAUGAAUUCUGAUCACGUCAGAAGUGUGGAUCAGGCAGUGGACUUGAUGCUUUGGGGUUAGGGGGUUUUCUCCAGAGAAACUUGUAAAGCUUUGUACUUGGAUACAGUAGGCACUGUAAAAGGCAUUACUGAUUGGAAAAGAUUGAACUUUUGGUGUUUUGGAGAACCUGGCUUAAUGACUUGGUCAGUGAAUUUUUAUUUAAUAAAAAUAAAAUGAGGUUGUACUUUAACAGGUAGAAAGCAGUCCAUUCUUUGAUUAGUCUUUGUUUGGUUACUUGUAUGGAAAUAACUCACACUGUCAUUUCUGUUCAUGUUCAGGUGGGGAAGAGUUCGGUUUUUUAUUCAUAAGUACAUCCCCACUUUACAAAUGUCUUCUUGCUACCAGUCAGCUAAUGAAGGCCAGUGACAGGAUUUUGUGAGUUAAGUAAAGGUAGUUAGUUUUCAUGAUGUUAAUAAUCUGAGGCUGUGAUAAGAUGUUCUCACUGGCUUUAGUUGUUACUAAGGGAAAUGUGCCACAAUGCAAUUGCUUUUGGGUACUGGUCCAGAUAGUCACCUGCAGGGCUACUGUCUCAUAAUCAUUCUGCCCCAACCUGAGGGAAGGCAAGAAAACUGCAACCAACAUUCUACUCUACUACUCUGCCUGAGAGCUAAGGUGUCCUCUCUCUUAAAAUAAAUAAGAAAAACAAGGCCUUGUCCAAUGGGAUUGCUUCAAACAAGCAUCAUAAAGCUGAAUAAA